CGGCCUGAAUAUUAAAGGUUUUAAAUGUAUUUUUUAAAUAAUCUAUGUAAUUAUAUUCUUUUCAGCCAUUUGUCCUCUCCGACCUCCAUGUGCAGCUGGCGGCCGUUGUCGCUGGGGAUACAAGAAAGACAGGAAUGGAUGCCCAACCUGUGAAUGCCAGUGUCGUCAAAUUAAAUGUGUCGCCUUCAAAUGUCCAAAUGGUGUAGCAAAAGACAAAUAUGGCUGUCCCACUUGCAGAUGCAAAGGGUGUUCCGUGAAUCUCAUUUGCCCAGCUAUGGUUUGUCCUGGAGGUUUUAAAUACAUACAGGACAAAAAUGGCUGCAAGACGUGCACCUGUCAUAAUCCAGAACCAGGGAAAUGUCCGCCUGCCCCGACUGUUAAGCCCGUGUGUGCCGUGAAUCCCCAGAUGAAAACCCCAGACUGCGUGGCCACUGGAUGUCCAGCAGGAAAAGUGUGCUGUCCUGAUCCGUGUUCCGGUUCACGCUGUGUUAAUUCAUACACCGGUCCAACCCAAAAGUGUCCUCCCAGUAUUGCUAAAAACUGUGACAGCCUGCCUUUCCCCAUGAAAGACAAAUGUGCCAAUAGUUCGUCGUGCAGCAAUGGCCAGAUAUGUUGCCCGGUCACCUGCUCCAAGAGUUGCUACGACCCGAUUCCCAUCACUCUGCCCAGUCCUCUGGGUAAACCAUGAGGGUGUUCGACAUACAUACUGUGUUGCAAAAACAGAUCUAAAUCUGUGAUGUAACUCGGUGAACAAUAAAAUAUCCCUCGUC